AUGAAGAAAUUGGAGAUUAGGCAAAAACAGUUAGAUUUGGAGAUUGCGACCUUGCACGAUGAAGAGCAUUCUCUCGGAGGAGAUGACGACUAUGGAGAUGAAGUCAUGGAACGAUUAGAACAUGUUAAAGAUUACGUCAACCUUUUGCCGGCGGACCGGCCAUUACCCAACACUACUAUGUCGUCUAACAAAACCACACACACUGCAAGACGACUUCCCGAGUUGAGUCUGGUGAGUUUCGACGGCACUCCAAGGAAGCUUUGGAGAUUUUUGAACAGUUUUAAACAAGAUGUUGCUGCACAUCUGGGAACCGACAGAGAAAGGUUAGCGUACCUUAUCCAUUGUUGCACUGGAGAAGCGCGAGAAGCUAUAGAAGAGUGUGUGUUGUUACCCGAAGACAUCGGUUACAUAAGGGCGUUGUCAAUACUAGAAUCCCAGUUUGGUUGUCCAGACGAGGUCGCAGAGAACCUGCUGGACGGGUUACUCCACGGAAAUAAGUUGAGGACUAGCGAUAUCCAUGGCCUCCGGAAACUGAUUCGCCAGGUUGUCAAUAGUGAGAUAAUCCUUCAACAGAUGGGUUACGCAUCUAUUCUUAACUGCCCCACAACCAUCAAGGGAGUUAUACGGCGUAUCCCCGAGUACAUGCAGCUGAAGUGGGCAGAUGAAAUGACUAGUAGUCGACUACAAGGUACAAAACUCCUAUUCCGCGAUCUUAUCGCAUUUUUGGAAAAUUGUCUCUCCACAGCCACGUACUGUUACGGACAAGGCGCCGGCCGAUUUCAGGAAGACGGGAAGAAACGAGGAGAAUCUAACACGUAG